AUUACAUUCGUUGGAAUCACAUAAAUGGUACGAAUUAGGAAGAAUUUGCAAUGCACAAACUACAACCAUGGUCGUUGACUACAACUACCCUAUAUAACUGAAGGCAAUUGUUAAUUAGAUCAGGUGCACCAUAUUGAAAAAAAUGUUUGAAGUGUUGUUACAUUUCUCAAAGUUCCGGGCAAGCAAAUUUCUCUAAAGUUGUACGAACAUACAAUCGAGAUUGAAAUCGAGAUCUUUGUUUGUGAGACCGAUAAAGUAAUUCCGAUUACUAGUAAAAGGUGGUGUUGUUUACUAAUAUAUCUUGUUAACGCCAGCAGCUAUUGAAUUUGGUUUGCUUUGUGAUUUUGAAAUACCGUGAAAUGUCAUCGAUUGUACCUGCUGUGAAACACGAACUAAAUCUUUUGUCUAAUUCUGGGGGUUCCCACAAAGAUCAAACAGAAAAAUACCAUGGCAUUCUGAACACUAUCUUGACUAGUGCAGUUGGCGAUGAUGUCGUGGAGGCAUUAAAAGUAUUUAUUGAUGCAAUCGUGAACGAGAAUGUGAGCCUGGUGAUAUCACGCCAGAUACUGACGGAGCUGAGCAAUAGACUGGCUCAGCAGCCGGACACUAUCGCCAAGGUGGUGUCGCACUACAUACUGGAUAAGGUGCAGCCUCGAGUCAUCUCGUUCGAGGAGCAGGUGGCGAGCAUCCGCCAGCACCUGGCCAAGAUCUACGAGGGCGAGCAGAGCUGGCGGGAGGCGGCCGACGUGCUCGUGGGGAUCCCCCUGGAGACCGGCCAGAAGCAGUACUCUGUGGACUACAAAUUGGACACGUACUUGAAAAUCGCACGGCUGUACCUGGAGAAUGAUGAUCCUGUACAGGCAGAGGCAUUCAUCAAUAGAGCGUCUUUGUUGCAGGCCGAGUCGAAGAACGAACAGCUGCAGAUAUAUUACAAGGUGUGUUACGCUCGCGUGCUGGACUACAGACGCAAGUUCAUCGAGGCGGCACAGCGCUACAACGAGCUGUCGUACCGCAACAUCAUCGACGAGGGAGAGCGCAUGAUGGCACUGAAGAAUGCUCUCAUAUGCACCAUCCUGGCCUCCGCCGGACAGCAACGAAGUCGUAUGUUGGCCACCCUGUUCAAAGACGAGCGUUGCCAGCAUCUCCCAGCGUAUUCUAUUCUGGAGAAAAUGUAUUUGGACCGCAUCAUCCAUCGCUCAGAACUCCAAGAGUUUGGAAAUUUUCUCCAGCCUCACCAGAAAGCCUCAACUUCAGAUGGCUCGACCAUUCUGGAGCGAGCGGUCAUCGAACACAACCUGCUGUCGGCCAGCAAGCUGUACAACAACAUCACGUUCGAGGAGCUGGGGGCCCUGCUCGAGAUCCCUCCGUCCAAGGCCGAGAAGAUCGCCAGCCAGAUGAUUACGGAGUCUCGCAUGAACGGACACAUCGACCAGAUCGAUUCCAUCGUGCACUUCGAAACUCGAGAGGUCCUACCAACUUGGGACAAACAGAUCCAGUCGCUGUGCUACCAAGUGAACCAGAUCAUUGAGAAGAUCAACAAUAAUGAGCCAGAGUGGAUUAACAGGGUGUCUGAAGAGCAAAUGGUUCAUUGAAUGGAUUUUUUCUCUCCUUACACUUAAAUGUAUCCCAGUAAAACUAAGAAAUUAAUUUUUUUUUAUUUACAAUAAAUAAUAAAAGUUGUGUUAUUUUACAAA